AUGUUGCAGCCUGAGAUUCAAACUUUACCUACCCUCCAUCAGCUUCCGAAAUUUAUACUUGAAUUGCCAAUAACUAAAUUACAAAUUCCGUGCAAUUUUUAUGAAGACAUUCUUCAUUCCAAAGAUUUGUCACGAAUGACAGAAAAAGUUCUAUUAGAUCAAUAUUUUGUUCCAGCUGGUUUAAAAGCAUUGGAUUCUUAUGUUUAUAAUGCCACAGUGUCCAAAUGGAUUGAUCAUAAUAUAGAACAACGGUCAUUUAUAAAAGGACAUAAACGACCCGAUACUGCUGGAUGUAUACUCAAUAAUGCUAUUUGGCGAGGAGAAGAAAAAGGAACUGAUAGUGGAGGAGAUCCAUCACAAGAACUAACAGAAAAAAUAAUUUGGGAUUAUGGUGAUGCUUUGUUAGCAUAUUAUUAUUCAAUUGAAA